AUGAGCGGCGCGGGCGGCCGGGCUCCGGCGGCGGCCGAGGCCGAGGAGCGGCGCUUCCUCAGAGCUGCCGGAGGCCUCGCGGUGGGCCCUCCCGAGCCUGCGUCGGGGCAGCAGCCAGAACUCCGGAGGCGCGGCUCACCCCGCAUCAGCUGUAGGCCCAGGGCCUUCUGGGGCCCCGCCUCCCCGACCCCGGAGACCCAGUGUGGUGCUGACCGCAUGGCCGAACCUGCUGCGGCUGCCCUGGACGGUCCUGCCCCUGGGUCCCCUUCCACAGAGCUGCACACCUCCUCCAGGAGUCAACCCAGGGCCCCAUCAAAGUCCCUCUCCCCGGAUUCCUCUCCUCUUGGGAACGGUGUGGGGGGCGCCUGGGGAGGUGGUCUGUUCACGCUUCGCACAAGGGAACGAACAGUCGCCGGCACUCGCAUCGUCGACCAGCAGAGGGCGCCCGCGGCCAGGCCCCUGGGGUCGGGCCGGAGCGUGGAACACGGGGGCACUCCGGCUCCAUCUGAGCGUCCGUCUGCGGGGCGGCCCCGCGUCCCUGUCUCCCUCCCUCCUUCUCCGGCCCCCAGCACCGCAGAGGCGGCCGCCCUGGAGCGGGAGCUGCUGGAAGACUAUCGCUUCGGGCGGCAGCAGCUGGUGGAGUUGUGCGGCCACGCGAGCGCCGUGGCUGUGGCCAAGGUGUUCCCGCUGCCCGCCCCCUCCCGGAAGCAGAGGACGGUGCUGGUGGUGUGCGGGCCGGAGCAGAACGGGGCGGUGGGGCUGGCGUGCGCCCGGCACCUGCGGGCCUUCGAGUACGAGCCCAGCGUCUUCUACCCGACGCGCUCGCUCGACGAUUUGCACCGGGACCUGACCACGCAGUGCGAGAAGAUGGACAUCCCCUUCCUGUCCUACCUGCCCACGGAGGUGCAGCUCAUUAACGACGCCUACGGGCUGGUGGUGGACGCCUUGCUGGGCCCCGGCGUGCCGCCGGGAGACGUCGGGAGCCCCUGCACCCGCGCGCUGGCUACGCUCAAGCAGCUCUCCGUCCCCGUCGUGAGCCUGGACAUCCCCUCAGGCUGGGACGCGGAGACCGGCGCCGAGGCGGAGGACGGGCUGCAGCCCGACGUGCUGAUGUCGCUGGCGGCGCCCAAGCGCUGCGCCCGCCGCUUCUCCGGGCGCCACCACUUCGUGGCGGGCAGGUUCGUGCCGGACGACGUGCGCCGCAAGUUCGCCCUGCACCUGCCGGGCUACGCGGGCACCGACUGCGUGGCGGCGCUCUGACCCCCGCCGCGCCGCGCCAAUAAA